AUGCUGAACUUACUACAUGCAACACCUGGUCUGAAGCAUCAUGAGACCUGCCCAGAGAUUUGGUUUGAUGCCUGCGGAAGAGGUGUCCGAAUGGACGCACAGCCAGACAAAGACUACACGAUGCCCGCGCCUCUUUGGAACGAAUUCGGCGCAACAAUCGGGCCGGCCGGCAUCUGGGCAUUAGAUGAGCACUGUAAUCGGCCUGAGCAUGUGUGCGCUGUCUCCGGAUACAUUAGGGACUUCCUGGGAUACCUGGAAGAUACUGUCGACCCCGACUUGACUAAUUGGCGCUGGGCAACUCUACCACCUAGUCAACUGGCGCAAUUCUGUAAGCGUAUAGGACGUCACCGAAAGGUUGGAUAG